CGCCCUCCCCCCACAGAGAAGAGCCACCGCCUCUCCUCGGGCUCUCCUUCUAUACCUAUCGCCGGCAGGAACGGCAGCAACUGUCGUGGACCCGUCGCCACCUCCUCCAGCGGCCGCCUUACCGGUCGUUCCCGCAGCCAGGCAGUGAGGCUGGCCCCCUGCCCCUAACUGAAUCUUCACUCCGGAGUGCCUGCCCCUCUCCUCAUCCUUGCCCGGGACCCUUCUCCCCACCAUCUCGCCGGGGUGGAGGACACCGAGAGGAGACGAGAGUCACCCUCUCUCCGGGCGGCGCCGGCCCCCUCACCCGCGGGUGUGUCCUAUAAAUGGCGUCGGAAAGCGACACCGAGGAAUUCUUUGAUGCCCCUGAAGAUGUUCACCUAGGGGGCGGCUACCCAGUGGGGUCUCCAGGAAAGGUUGGGAUUUCAACAUUAAACGAAACAGAAAACACUGUGUACAAAGUUGAAAAUGAGUCUCCUGUACAAGAAUUGAAACAAGAUGUUUCUAAAAAGAUUAUCGAAAGUAUUAUUGAGGAGAGUCAGAAAGUACAACAGCUUGAAGAUGAGUCUAUGGAUUCCAAAGGAAAAGAACUCUCUGAUCAGGCUACUGCCAGUUCUAUCAUGGCUGAAACAUCAGAUAUUAGCAAUAUACCUGGACUGUUAGCCAUAGAUCAAGUUCUACAGGAAGAUUCCCAAAAGAUAGAAAGUCAGAGUGCAGAUGAAGAAAUGGAAAUAGAAUCAAAAAUGUGUUGUCCUUCUGAUAGUGCCUGUGAGAAUCCAGUAGAUGAAACCACUGAGUUAACCAAAAUAAGUUCAACUGAGCAGCUUAAUGUGCCUGAAACUGAAACAGAAGUAUUAAACAAGGAAACUGUGGAAGUUAAACAAAGUGAUGAUCAAGAACCUGUGUCCUCAGAGUCCUUACCAAUUCAAGAAUUUGCUGCUGUAGAAGAAGUUGCUCCUGCCAAACCUCCAAGACAGCUUACUCCAGAACCUGACAUAGUAGCUAGUACCAAGAAGCCUGUUCCAGCACGUCCACCCCCUCCAACUAAUUUCCCACCUCCUAGACCUCCACCUCCAUCUCGACCUGCUCCACCACCAAGAAAAAAGAAAAGUGAAUUGGAGUUUGAAGCUCUUAAAACACCUGAUUUGGAUGUUCCCAAAGAAAAUAUUCCAUCUGAUGCUCUCCUGACUACCAGCAUGGCUUCAGAGAGUGCAGGCAAAGAUUCUCAGCCUUCGCUUGAUUUAGCAAGUGCUACCAGUGGAGAUAAAAUAGUUACUGCCCAGGAAAAUGGAAAAACACCUGAUGGGCAGACAAUAGCAGGUGAAAUGAUGAGUCCUCAGAGGCCUAGAUCCAACUCAGGAAGAGAGCUUACUGAUGAGGAAAUUUUAGCCAGUGUAAUGAUUAAGAACCUGGAUACUGGAGAGGAAAUACCUUUGAGUCUUGCAGAAGAGAAACUACCAACAGGUAUUAAUCCUCUCACUCUACACAUCAUGAGAAGGACUAAGGAAUAUGUAAGCAAUGAUGCAGCACAGUCAGAUGAUGAAGAGAAAUUACAGUCUCAGCCCACAGAUACGGAUGGUGGAAGGUUAAAACAGAAAACGACUCAACUAAAGAAGUUCCUAGGAAAAUCAGUCAAAAGAGCAAAACACCUUGCAGAAGAAUAUGGUGAACGUGCUGUAAAUAAAGUUAAAAGUGUUAGAGAUGAAGUGUUUCAUACUGAUCAGGAUGAUCCUUCAUCAAGUGAUGAUGAAGGAAUGCCAUAUACAAGGCCAGUUAAAUUCAAAGCAGCACAUGGUUUCAAAGGACCUUAUGAUUUUGAUCAGAUCAAAGUGGUACAAGAUCUUAGUGGUGAACACAUGGGAGCUGUUUGGACCAUGAAAUUUUCUCACUGUGGCCGGUUACUUGCCUCAGCUGGACAAGACAAUGUAGUGAGAAUAUGGGCUUUAAAAAAUGCUUUUGAUUAUUUCAACAACAUGAGGAUGAAAUACAAUACCGAAGGACGUGUGUCCCCUUCACCUUCUCAGGAAAGUUUAAGUUCAUCAAAAUCUGAUACAGAUACAGGGGUAUGCGGUGGAGGUGAUGAAGACCCUGAUGAUAAAAAUGCACCAUUUCGACAAAGGCCAUUUUGCAAAUAUAAAGGACAUACAGCUGAUCUCCUUGAUCUUUCAUGGUCCAAAAACUACUUUCUUCUUUCUUCUUCUAUGGAUAAAACAGUCAGGUUGUGGCAUAUUUCCAGAAGAGAAUGUCUUUGCUGCUUUCAACAUAUAGAUUUUGUUACUGCUAUAGCUUUCCAUCCAAGGGAUGACAGGUAUUUUCUAAGUGGAUCUUUGGAUGGAAAGCUUCGCCUUUGGAACAUACCUGACAAAAAAGUGGCUUUAUGGAAUGAAGUAGAUGGUCAAACAAAAUUGAUCACAGCUGCAAAUUUCUGUCAGAAUGGCAAAUAUGCAGUGAUUGGAACAUAUGAUGGCAGGUGUAUUUUCUAUGACACUGAGCAUCUGAAAUAUCACACACAAAUACACGUCCGAUCUACCAGAGGACGCAAUAAAGUUGGAAGAAAAAUUACUGGCAUUGAGCCUUUACCUGGAGAAAAUAAGAUACUGGUAACCUCAAAUGAUUCCAGAAUUAGACUGUAUGAUCUUAGAGAUUUGUCCCUUUCUAUGAAAUAUAAAGGCUAUGUCAACAGCAGCAGCCAGAUCAAAGCAAGUUUCAGUCAUGAUUUUAGUUACAUUGUUAGUGGCUCUGAAGAUAAGUAUGUUUAUAUUUGGAGUACUUACCAUGAUUUAAGCAAGUUUACUUCAGUCAGGAGAGAUCGCAAUGACUUUUGGGAAGGUAUUAAAGCACAUAAUGCAGUUGUCACAUCAGCCAUCUUUGCUCCAAACCCAAGUUUGAUGUUGUCUUUGGAUGUGCAAUCUGAAAAACCAGAAGGGAGUGAGAAAAGUGAAAUUGCUGAAGCUUUGGAUGCCAUGCCUUCUGGUAUUAUGAAGACAGAUAACACGGAAGUUCUUCUUUCUGCUGACUUCACUGGAGCAAUCAAAGUGUUUAUUAACAAAAGGAAAAAUGUAUCUUAGUUUGAAAUAACAUUUAAAAUAAACAUAACAGUAAGUUUCUAUAUGUAUAAGAGCUGAGAAAAAUAUAGUGUUUCUGGCUAACAUCUUUUUUUAAUUUUUAUUGAAGUUGUUCAAAUAUAAUAUAUUUUUGAGAGGCAGUGUUAACAAUCUAGUAAACCCUAGACAGAUAGGCUAGAAGAGAAUGUGGCUAGAAUAACAUUGCCAGACAUUAAGCUUUACAUUUUAUUAUGUUUGUGUUUUUGUUAUAUAAUUAUAAACAUGCACAAGUUUCUGCAUGAAAAUAUAUUAAUAUAUUAAUCUUAUGUGUGUGCCUUUUGGUUACAUGCACUAAAUCUAACAGAGUUAAAUUAUUUCAGUGGCUCUUUCGGCCUCUUAUUGGGGGAGAGUUUCUAGCUUAAACAAUUUCUUUUGCACAAAAUUUCAUUUUUAAGAAAUGUGGUAUCUUUUGACUGAGUUAUUAUUUUGAAAAUGUUAUAUAGGUUUUCAAUAGGUCAACAACCAUGUGUAAAUGGUUUUUAUAAAUUUCUCAAUUUUGGGGAUAAGAUUUUUUUUUGUGGUCUAAAUUGUGGACUUCAGAUUUUUUUCUUUGUAUGUGUAUAUAUAAUUUUUUUGCCACACUGGAGCACAAUGUUUCUAUGUAAAGAAUUCUUUUCAUUCUUUAUCCAUGAGCACCAGGCUUUGCUCAGUUUAAAAAAAUUAAGCCGCAUUAAGGAGUGAGUCUUCUUUUUUACAAUAAUGUAAAAAUGAACUGUUUACAUUUUUUUAAAGCAUUGUAGUUUUAAAAAAUUAAGCUGUUUUGUUUUGUGUUGUUAAAUUUGAAAGCCUUUGUAAAUAUUGAUAUAAUGUACCAAUGAAAUAACAUCUGGGGCAAUGGAACCCAGAUUAUGUUGUUGAUGGUUAGCAUAUGUUUCUGAAAAUUAAAGAUGUAUUAUUAAAAGUUGGUUGCCAACA